AUGUUCCCUGGGUAUAUAUUUUUGAUGAUUUUACUCAUUUCUCAUAUUACAGAAAAAGUAAUCCUUGGAGUAGAGGGUCAAAAACUGGUUCGUCCUAAAAGGCUUCCUCUGAAACAGAAGCGGGAUGUUGGACAUACCCAUGGUUAUGACAUACCGGAAGCUUAUGAAGAAGAAUUGCUGUAUGAAAUAAGACUAAAUAGAAAAAUCUUAAUACUUCAUCUUCUAAGAUCAAGGGAGUUCCUAGCAUCGAAUUACAGUGAAACAUACUACACCACAGCAGGCGAAGCCAUCACCAGGCACCCUCAGAUCAUGGAUCACUGCUUUUACCAAGGAUCCAUUAUACAUGAAUUUGAUUCUGCUGCCAGUAUCAGCACAUGUAACGGUCUGAGGGGAUUCUUCAGAGUAAAUGACCAAAGGUACCUCAUUGAACCAAUGAAAUACUCAGAUGAGGGAGAACAUUUGGUGUUCAAAUAUAACCCACGGGUCCCAUAUGCUGCCAAUUAUUCUUGUGCAGAGCACAAUUUUACAAGGAAGACUGUUCCAAGGGAUACUAAACUGAAGGAAGACUCCAAAAUUGAAAGCAUCCAUCAUGAAAAGUAUGUGGAACUGUUCAUUGUUGCUGAUGAUAAUGUGUAUCGCAGGAAUAGUCAUCCUUACAGUAAACUAAGGAAUCGAAUUUGGGGAAUGGUCAAUUUUGUCAACAUGAUUUAUAAAACCUUGAAUAUUCAUGUGACAUUGGUUGGCCUUGAAAUAUGGACAAAGGGAGAUAAAAUAGAAAUAGAUUCAAAUAUAGAAACUACCUUAUUGCGUUUCUCAAGUUGGCAAGAAACAAUCCUUAAACACAGGAAGAAUUAUGAUCAUGUUCUGUUACUCAGUGGGAAGUGGCUCUACACACAUGCGCAAGGAAUUUCUUACCCAGGAAGUAUGUGCCUGCCCUAUUAUUCCUCCAGUGUCAUUAAGGAUCUUUUACCUGACAUAAACAUAGUUGCAAACAGAAUGGCCCAUCAGUUGGGGCAUAACCUUGGGAUGUGGCAUGACGAGUUCCCAUGCACCUGUCCACUUGGAAAAUGCGUGAUGGAUAGUGGUGGAAGCAUUCCUGCAGUAAAAUUCAGUAAAUGCAGCCAAAUCCAGUACCAUCGAUACUUGAGGGAUUCUAAGCCAAAGUGCAUGCUCAAUGUUCCAUUUCCUGACAAGUUCAACUAUUUCCCAUACUGUGGAAAUAAAAUGUUGGACGAUGGAGAAGAAUGUGAUUGUGGCCCUGUGCAGGAGUGUACUAAUCCUUGCUGUGAUGCACACAAAUGUAUACUGAAGCCAGGAUUUACUUGUGCAGAAGGAGAAUGUUGUGAAUCUUGUCAGUUGAAAAAAGCAGGGUCCAUAUGCAGACCAGCAGAAGAUGAAUGUGAUUUUCCUGAAGUGUGUACUGGCCACUCUUCUGGAUGUCCUAAGGACCAAUUCCAAGUCAAUGGAUCUCCUUGCAAGAACUCAGAAGGCUACUGUUUCAUGGGAAAAUGUCCCACCCGGAGUGUUCAGUGCUCUGAAUUGUUUGAUGAUGAUGUACGAUGUGGAAAGAUAUACUGUAUUGGAGGACAACGCUCAUCUCUCCUUGGGGAAGACAAGACCUAUUACCUUAAGAAUUCACAGCAGAAUGUCACUAUCAAAUGCAAAACCAUUUUUUUACACCACAAUUCUGAAGAUAUUGGCUUAGUUGCUUCUGGAACAAAAUGUGGAGAUGGAAUGGUGUGCAGCAAUGGUGAAUGUGUAAAUGUUGAACAGGUCUACAAUUCAACCAAUUGCCCCUUUCAUUGUGAGGAAAAUGCUGUGCAUGGCCAUGAACUCGAGUGCCAGUGUGAAGAAGUACAGGCACCUGUACACUGGGAAGAACCCAUAAAUGUUACCAAUGUUGUUAUCUUGGUUGUUGUGUUUGUCCUGGUUGUUACUGGUGUUGGAGCUGUCACAUUUUUAAUUCGUUACCAAAAAUGUAUUAAGUUGAAGCAAGUUCAGAGCCUGCCUAGAGAUACACUGGGAGUGGAGAAUAAAGGAUACUUUGGUGAUGAGCAGCAGACAAGGACAGAGCCAAUCUUGCCAGAUAUUAAUCCCCUGGAUAAAUCUGCAAGCAAAGAGCUAAGAGGAAUGACAGAUCCCAAUCAAAGUGCCACGGUGAGCUUGAAGUUGGAUAUCCAAAAUGGCUGUGCAAGACUGGGCUGAAGAUUCUGGAUGCAAGAGCUUCACAACCCUCUCUAGACAUGUGCUACACAAAUUUCUGGAACUUUUUCAGUUGCUCUGUAUCCAGACAGAAAAUGUUUAAGAGAAACAACUUCUUCCUGUUAAUAUUUACCUGUAGAACUCACAACCUGGAGCAUAGAACUGCUCUAGAAAAUAAUUUCUCAUGGAUUUUCAAACGUUCUUUUGCUUAAUAUAAAAAUAAACAGUCUCCUUACUCUGGUAUUUUCCUACAAAAAUGUUAAUCUAGCUAUUUUUAAAAGAGUCAAAACUUUGAGGAAGAUGACUUCUAACCCUAAGUCUAAGAAGCAAAACAUUGCUUGUAAAAGGUUCCUUCUUUGAGGGGAAAAAAAUACUUACUUUAAUUUGAAUAUGACAUUAUUACCACUAAUUCUGGUUCAAAUGAAAUUUUUUCCUACAGAAAUGCCAUGGAAGGAGGUGCAGGGUGGUAUCGAUUCCACCAAUUAGUUAAAUUGUCUUUAAAAUCAUGAUGGUAGCACAGGACGAACACAAAAGGCAAUUCUAAAUUCCAAGGGUUGCCUUUCUAGAAUUCUGACAGAGAAGUCGGAGAUUUACAAGAAUUUCAGAAUAGUCAUUGCAACUGAGAAGACUUGCUCAUAACUCCCAUGAAGGGAUUUUGAGGUCCUUGUAACACACGGAUCCGAGCGUUCAGUGUGCAGUGUCUCUGCUGUCUCAGCCCCUCCCUGUCAGUUUGUCGUGGUGUGUGGUGUUGUCCUGGGAAUGAUUUCAGCUGUUUCUUACACCCAUGCCUCUCCAGGUGUUCUCCUGUGUUCUCUGUUUUCUUUUGGGGAGCUGCUAAAGCUAUCUGUAAUUAUUUUUUCCAUUUACUGAAAUAAAGUUUUCAAGUACUGAAUG